CGCGCGCGCUGGGUCUUGUGGGGGGGAAGCGCGCUGACUGACUUUGGCGUGUCGGCGCAAUGCUGCGGUCGGGGGCCGGGUGCUGACAUCGAGACAUUUGAAUUAACUUUGCCAGGAAAGAAAUGGAGGAACCAUAGAACAUUAAGGAUGAAUUCAGGAAGACCUGAGACCAUGGAAAACUUGCCUGCUCUCUACACUAUUUUCCAAGGAGAGGUUGCUAUGGUGACAGACUAUGGAGCCUUUAUCAAAAUCCCAGGCUGUCGGAAACAAGGUCUGGUCCAUAGAACUCACAUGUCAUCCUGCCGUGUGGAUAAGCCCUCUGAGAUAGUAGAUGUCGGAGACAAAGUGUGGGUGAAGCUAAUCGGCCGAGAGAUGAAAAAUGAUAGGAUAAAAGUAUCUCUUUCCAUGAAAGUUGUCAACCAAGGGACUGGGAAAGACCUCGACCCUAACAACGUUAUCAUUGAGCAAGAAGAGCGGCGGAGGCGGUCGUUCCAGGAUUACACUGGACAGAAGAUCACACUUGAAGCUGUCCUGAACACCACCUGCAAGAAGUGUGGCUGUAAAGGCCACUUUGCAAAGGAUUGUUUCAUGCAACCAGGUGGAACCAAAUACUCCCUGAUACCUGAGGAGGAUGAAGAGAAGGAAGAGGCAAAGUCAGCAGAUAAGCCUGAUCCCACGAGGAAUUCUAGAAAAAGAAAGAAGGAAAAAAAGAAAAAGAAACACAGAGACAGGAAGUCAUCUGAGUCUGACAGCUCAGACUCCGAGAGUGAUACAGGCAAGAAGGCGAGGCACACAUCAAAAGACAGCAAGGCAGCAAAGAAGAAGAAAAAGAAGAAGAAGCAUAAGAAAAAGCACAAGGAGUGAGAGUGGAAAGAGCAGAGGGGGUGGUUGAGAGAAGGAACCAGGAGACGUGUGCCUUGAAGCCCUGGCUCUUGGAAAGACUCGAUAGUGAGAUUGUAGCCUCCCACCCCAUUGACUUCCCUCCCAUGACGUGGCAUCCCUCAUGCAGCCGGCAGGUUUGGGAGUUAGAUGCCAAAGGCAUCUGCCUGAAUAAGUUGUUUCCUUAUCACUUCUUGUCCCUUUGCAAUUGACUUCUGCAGCUCACCCAUUCAUUCAUCCAACUUCUUAAUUCAGCAGGAGGUCCUAUUACCCUCUCCAGCUGCCACUGCCAGAGCCAGAUUCCUGCAAAGGAGUCCAGGCUGGAGCCACAGGUACUGCUGUGGAGGUGAGUGUGGCUAUAGGUGGAGAACAGAGUGAUCAGCCCUUCCCUGUUGUCCUGCCCUGGGCUGAUUGGUGAGUGACCUCUGCUGCAUCCAACAUGAUGGCAGAGAGAGGCUGGCAGUAUGAGGGGAACGUGGUGAGAAGUGGUGCUCACUUUUUCCAUUUCCCAUAAUGAUUCUAUGCUAGAAAUGACCGCCAAUGGUCACAGCGAGAAAACCAUUGUUUGCAGUGACUGAGCUUGUGUGUGACAUUCUGCCUGACAACUCAAGCCAAAAUCAUUGCUUUACUUUGUAUUUACUACUGUGUGAGUCCAUUGGUUCCAUUUCAGGUGUCUGGUUACAUUCUUCACACUAAAUGGAAAUGUGUUUGGUUCUAAACU